ACCGGGUCAAAAGGUCUUGGUUGCAUAUCGGGAGGAACGCUGUGAUGGACAGAAUAAAGCCUGCGAAAUAACAUCUUGCAUUUGUUUUGUUUAUUAUAUUGUAAUCAGUCACUCUAUUGAAGAUGGAAGAGGAAAUAAACGAUCUCCACCAGCUUUCAACGUCUGUGUUUACGAACAUCGGAGGAAUAACCCCAAAUAUAAAAAAUUUGAUUACAAGUUCCAAAGCUUUUCACAGAUCAUAUCAAGGGACAAUUUUGUUGGGCACUCAGUUCAUUCAGUCUUUAGAUGCAUUUGCACAAUCAGCAUUGUGUGCCAAUGGGGCCACAAAACUCAUUGGAGAAACUCUGAAAGACAUCAUAAGUAUAUUUAAUGAAAUUGAAGCUAUGAAAGGUGAUUUGAUGAAUCUAUUUGCUAAAGAUGUGAUUGCUCCACUGGAGAGUCGAGCUGAGCAAGAGGUUAAUAUGUCAAAGCUUGCGCAUAAACAAUAUUUGCAAGACAAUAAAAUACAAACAGAGGUUGUGAAUAAAUACACGCAAGAAAUCGUUAAGCUACGAAAGAAAAGCCAGAGAAGAAAAGGAAAGGCGGGGAAAUACGAGAAAAAGGAGGAAGAGAUGCUGGAAGGGCUUCAAAAUUCAGAGAAAAAGUUGCGUGAGUUGAGGGAAAAUGGCUUAAGAAGGGCUUUGAUCGGAGAGAGGAGAAUUUAUUGUUUUGUCGCAGAAAAGAUAUGCAUUUUUGGAAAAGGGAUGGCAGCAAAUAGUAAACGGAUCGAGGCCAUGUUGACUGAAAAAAUGGCGAUAUGGGACAAAGUGGUUAGCCACCCUGAUGAUUUGCCUUCAGAAAGUGAAAAUAUGAUAACGAAUCCAUCAUCGUACACGACUGCCACUAUGAAGAGAAAAGACCAGCGCCAUUAUACUAUAAGUCAAAGCCGCUACAAUACUAUUGACGUGCGAAUGAAUAGCAGUCGGCCAUCUGUGAUUGGAAGGGAGACCACAGAAGAUAAUUCUGCUGUUGAUGGAGUCGAGAAACCGGCAAGUCAAGAGGCCAAAGAUGACAGUAACAAAAAGAUCAAAGAAAUCAAUAACCCUGGAAACGGUCAUAUUAGCUCCCAAAGCCAGGCGAUGCCAGUUAAUCAAAAACUACUCAACGGAAAUGCGAGAUUUUCAAUGAUUGCAGAUCGUUUGGAAGAAAAUGAGCUGGCUGUUGAUGGCAAAGUGAGCGUUCAACUGAAGGCCAUUUAUGAUCACAAAGGAAAGGACAAUUCACAGCUGUCAUUUUGCAAGGGAGACUUGCUGGAUGCAAUGGGAGAGUCAACGGGAGGAUGGCAAUAUGGUGCAAAUUCUAAAACUGGAAAGUCAGGCUGGUUUCCUACAGCAUAUGCUGAGGCUAUACCGAAAAAGCCUGUGCCAAGCCCGAUAAUUCCAGUGAUUCACGGUUCCCUGAAAGAUAAUUCGCCUUUAACCCAAAGGGGGAAAACGCGUCGAGUGUCUACGCCAGGCACGGUCAGCUUACCGUACAUUCCUGCUCCAGACUAUGAUUUUGGUGAAUCAAAGGCACCCUUGGUAAAUGGAACUAAAAACAAUAGCAAAGCCAAGAGUAUGGCACUUCACCAGUCUGCUUCAGCCCCGGGCCUGACUGAUUCCCAAGAGAUCACGGUCACAUUUGCCGAUGAAGAACCUAUUGUUAUACCUCCGCCAGAUUUUCGAGAGAAUGUAAAUGAAGCGCCGAAACUGCCGCCGCCAGCAGACUUUGUCACCAUGCCUUUCCCGCCACCGCCCCCGGACGUUGAUCUAAGCGUUCCUCAAACCCCUGAUAGCAAUGCAAAUGCUGAUGAUAACCCUUUUGCUGGAAUUAAGCUAAAGAAAACGAUUACCAACGACCGAUCAAUGCCUGCAAUUCUGCCCUCAAAUUAAUGCAAAUAUAUAUCUAAGAUCAUCUAAAACAAAUGUCUGAAUGAAGAUCGAUGGGGAUUACUGCAAGAAUUUGUCAAAUUGAUUUAGGCAAUUUAUUUUUGCUGAUUUGAAAUAGAAAUUAAAUUAUCAGACUGAUUCAUAUUCUAAGUUAGCUGUCUUGUACAUUAAUAUAAAAUUGUGCUCUUGAAAUAAAAAGAGAGGCUGUAUAUUUACUUCGCAAAGAAUUAAAAUGCAAAACAGCUUUUAUACAUUUUCAUUCAGCCAAGGCGUGUAUGGACAAUUGACAGGGUUUGCAAUUGCCUGCUUUGCUAUCAAUACCUCAUAAAAAUGAUCCUAAGUUGACAAUUAUAUUGAUACCGCAUGUUAAAAUUCCUAUCCGGAGAAUUGUCUGGAAAGCAUUUUUUGGAUACAUGGAUGCUUGAAUGCAUAACUGUGUUAAUGCAUCGAUAGCCCGACAAAUUCAGAGAACCCUGAAAUGGGUGGCUGAAAUAAUUAAUGUGCUAGCCGAUUCCGUUUGCAAACCGUUUGCAAAAUGCUUUCUUCCGUUUCAAAAUUAUGUCUGCUAAGACCUUUAAGCGUUGUAUAUUUUGGUCAGGCACUAAAGCAACGAACAGCAAGAGAACUUAUUGUAUUUUUGUAUAUUAGAAAUUUGUGGGGAGAUUUUCAAAUUGAAUAUUUGAUUGUUGUUAAUUUUAUAGCAUUCUCAUUAAUGUCGCCGUAAAACUUUGUUUAUGUCCCAACAUUUAUAAUUUUUAGUUUAAGGAAAAUGUUCUUCAUAUCACCUAAAAGAUUUUGUGAACUACAAAACAUUAUUUGUUUGAAAACAAAAUAUCUUGAAAACCGUCUGAAUUAUGUACAAAGAUUCACAAAAAUAAAUCUUUUGAAUAAGAAGUUAUUUACCGACCAAAUAAGGUAGAUUUCGUGUUGCCAGCUUUAAUAGUUACAUUCAGCCAGAGAUCUCUCAAUCAUCUUAUAAACCGUGAUCUAUGACUGUGAUGAUUUAUUGAUCAAAUAGCAGCUCAAAGUAUCAACCAUCAACAAGAUUGCUCGGUACCUGCAUAGUUUCCUUAACAUUGAUUCAACAUUCAAGGUCCUUACUGGAUUGAUUCUUUAUUACAACGCAUCAGAAUUCAGAUUUUAUAGUUUAUUUUUUUGCUUAUUAUCGUGCAGUGAAAAUUUAGGGCCUAACAGUCACGAGAUUCACACUAAUAUUCGUUUGUCCAGAGUCAUACUCAGGUCCCCUUCUUUCCUCAUUUCUAUCCUCCGUUUUUAGAUUUGUAGCAGCUAUAAGAAUAGCGUUGUUCGUUAAAAAUUUUCCAUGCAGAAAUUAGUUUUGUGGAUAGUUUUCACAGAAUGCAUUGACUCAGUCUUGCCAAAAGGCCACGUUAUGGCUAAACUUGUGUAAUUUUUUGAUUUUUUUAUCGACGCAGACAAAACGUUAAAUGUUGUAAAUAGAUUCAUCAAGAUUUGAUUAAUUUUGUAACUCUAGAUUUUCCAACAUUCCAUCGAAACAAAUUAGCAAUGCUCUGUUUGCGUUAGUCAGUUAUAUGAUAUAUUGAAUUUGAAGACAUUAAAUCCGAAAUAGUAUUAUAAAAUUUUCGUUAAUAGGUCGUUCUUAAAUGCUUUUGAAAACGUUAAUUUCCUUUCGAAAAGAAGUAAUAAAUGUCAGAUAUUGUGAAUGUUGGAAAAAGUAGAGCACGUUAAUAAUUUGUUGUUGACGUAGAAGAUGUUGAUAGAAUUUAAUUAGGGGGAAUUUCUACAAUCAUUAAAUAGAGAAGUCGA